AUGGGCUCCAUACAACUUAAGAGAGUCAUUUUGCCCAAGAGUGGCGUUGACAUGUUUUAUCCGUUACAACGCCCAGAUGCUGUUCAGGCGAUAAUUUCCCAAAACGGCAAUGCGUACAUUGAGGGACUUGGAGAUGUUUGGGCCCCUAUCAAGGAAUUCUGGGUCAGCGAUAAUACGCCUGAGGAUCGCGACAAGAUUGCCAACUACAUGCUCACAUACGAUGCAGUCAAGUCCCAAUACAUAGACGGCACUCCCGCCUCCAACACGAUCGCUCCAGAGUCUUACACUCUGGACUACGCAUUGAUGGAGCGGCCCGGCAAUAAGGAGAUCCAGUUGGACUUAUUCCUCGACUAUCGGAGUAAUGUUGCGCUUUAUGACAAAUUCCACGAGUACUUCCGGAAUUCUCAGGUCCCCUUGCUGGCUAUCUGGGGCAAGAAUGACGUUAUAUUCGUCCAUGGAGGGGCUGAGGCCUAUAAGAAUGAUUUGCCUAAAGCAGAAGUGAAACUCAUAGAUGCAGGUCAUUUUGCGAUCGAGAGCCAUACGACGUUGAUCGGUAAGGAGAUAUUGCGAUUUUUAAGUGAUUGA